AUGGCACCGGCAAAGGAUGACAGCCAUGCUCAUGGCUCGGUCUUCUCAGUCUCCGGCCCUGUCGUUGUCGCUGAGCACAUGAUUGGCUGUGCUAUGUACGAGCUGUGCCAUGUUGGUAAGGAUCUCCUCGUUGGUGAAGUCAUUCGACUUGAUGGCGACAAGGCUACUAUUCAGGUCUACGAAGAAACCGAUGGUCUGACUAUCGGCGAUCCUGUUGCGCGCACUGGCAAGCCCCUGUCCGUCGAGCUGGGCCCCGGUUUGAUGGAGACGAUCUACGACGGUAUCCAGCGACCCCUCCGUGCUAUCUCCGACAAGUCCAAGAGUAUCUACAUCCCCCGCGGUAUUCGCGUCAAUGCGCUCGACCGUGAGAAGAAGUGGGAUUUCACGCCAGUCAACUUCAAGGUUGGCGACCACAUUACGGGAGGUGACAUUUGGGGUACCGUGUUCGAGAACAGCUUGGUGAACGACCACAAGAUCCUUCUCCCCCCUCGUGCCCGCGGUACCAUCACCCGCAUCUCCCCCGCCGGUAGCUAUACCGUGGAGGAGAAGCUGUUGGAGAUCGAGUUCGAGGGCAAGAAGUCCGAGUUCGGUAUGAUGCAGACCUGGCCCGUCCGUGUGCCCCGUCCCGUCAGCGACAGGCAGUCUGCCGAUAAGCCCUUCAUUGUCGGUCAGAGAGUGCUGGAUGCUCUCUUCCCCAGUGUCCAGGGUGGAACGGUGUGCAUUCCCGGUGCCUUCGGAUGUGGCAAGACUGUCAUUUCCCAGAGUGUGUCCAAGUUCUCGAACAGUGAUAUCAUCGUCUACGUCGGCUGCGGUGAGCGCGGUAACGAGAUGGCUGAGGUGUUGAUGGAUUUCCCCGAGCUCUCCAUCGAUGUCGGCGGCCGUAAGGAACCUAUUAUGAAGCGUACCUGCCUGAUCGCCAACACCUCGAACAUGCCCGUCGCUGCCCGUGAGGCUUCCAUCUACACCGGUAUCACCAUCGCUGAGUACUGGCGUGACCAGGGAAAGAACGUGGCCAUGAUGGCCGACUCGAGUUCUCGCUGGGCCGAGGCUCUGCGCGAGCUUUCGGGUCGUCUGGGUGAGAUGCCUGCUGAUCAGGGUUUCCCCGCCUACCUGGGUGCUAAGCUGGCCUCUUUCUACGAGCGUGCCGGCAAGAGCAGCGCUCUCGGUAGCCCCGAGCGUGUCGGCAGUGUCAGCAUUGUCGGUGCCGUCAGCCCGCCCGGUGGUGACUUCUCCGACCCCGUCACCUCCAGUACCUUGGGUAUCGUGCAGGUCUUCUGGGGUCUCGAUAAGAAGCUGGCCCAGCGCAAGCACUUCCCCUCCGUCAACACCUCCAUGUCUUACAGUAAAUACACCACGGUUCUGGACAAGUACUACGAGAAGCACAACCCGGACUUCCCUCGUCUGCGUGACCAAGUCCGUGAGCUCCUGUCCAAGUCGGAGGAUCUCGACCAGGUCGUGCAGCUGGUUGGUAAGGCGUCGCUUGGUGACUCGGACAAGAUUACUUUGGAUGUCGCCGCCAUGGUCAAGGACGACUUCCUGCAACAGAACGGAUAUAGUGACUAUGAUCAGUUCUGCCCCUUGUGGAAGACUGAGUACAUGAUGAAGGCCUUCAUGGGCUUCCAUGAUGAGGCUCAGAAGGCGGUCGCCCAGGGUCAGAACUGGAACAAGGUCCGUGACGCCACUGCUGAUCUCCAGAGUGCUCUGCGCAGCAUGAAGUUCGAGAUCCCGGAUAACCAGGAGGAGGUGUCGGCCAAGUACGAGAAGCUUCUCCAGUCCAUGACUGAGCGGUUCGCUUCAGUUUCGGAUGAAUAG